AUGCAGACAUCCAUAUAUUCCAAAUCAUCAAAUCAGAUUUCUGCAUCCAGGUUGAAUACUGGGAUGAAGACAAGAAUAAAACCUGCUGGUGAUCCUUUAUCUAUGCUAGCACUAACCAGCAGAGAAGAAGAGAGCAACGGCAAUUCCUUCUUGAUGCCCAACAAAGAUGGGGAGAUUACUGGUUCAUUGGUGGCGGCUGGAACGAGAUCACCUGCCCUGAAGAAAAAAAAAGGUGGAACUCCAAGGGGGCUAUCCUCAUUCAGUGUAUUCAAUGGCUUUAUAUCUCUAAUGGGAAUGCAUGACAUCGAGCUACAAGGGCACAAAUACACAUGGGAGAGCAACAGGCAAGGGGAAGGAUAUGUUGAGGAACAAUUAGACAGAGUCUUUUGCUCACUGAGCUGGCUCACACUAUAUCCAAAUUCAACAGUGCAAAAUGAAUCCAAAAGCUCCUCUGACCACAACCAGUUGUGCUUGAAUUCCUCACCUGUGGUUAGAAAGGCCAAGAAAAGAUUCUUCUUCGAUAACAGAUGGCUCAAAAAAGAUGGGAUAUCUGAAGUAGUUUCUAAAGCAUGGAAUUGCUACCAAUCAGGUACACCCAUGUACUGCUUCCAGGAAAAAAAGUCAAAGGAGUUAGGUUGCAACUGCUCAAAUGGAGCUGCCAGAGUCUGA